AUGCUGUUCCUGAGCUUGACCAGAGCUGCUCCUUCGCGAGUGCUCUUCCGACGGCUGCAAAACCCGCAAUGUAUUGCGUGUCGCUUUCAGUCUAGACAUGCUGCUAUCAGAAUACGCGCAGGGGCGCGUCGACCAGUCCUUGGCUUGCAGCCGUUCCGUCCUGUCUCGUCUGCACCAUCACCGGCACCACCACAUACAUGGGUUGAACGGCUGCCUCGGUCAUGGAGGCCAUAUCUAUACCUCACUCGUAUAGAUAAGCCUAUUGGUACCUUGUUACUGUUCUAUCCGUGUGCAUGGUCUAUCACAAUGGCAUCCUACGCAUUGGAGACGCCGUUCACUACCCCCCUGGGGUAUAUUAGUCUGUUCGGGCUGGGUGCUCUCAUCAUGCGAGGGGCGGGGUGCACCAUCAACGAUUUAUGGGACCGGAACUUGGAUCGUGCAGUCGACAGAACGCGCACUCGGCCGCUGGCCAGGGGUGACAUCACGCCUACCCAAGCUAUUGCAUUCCUAAGUGUGCAGUUGAGCGCCGGGCUCGGCGUGCUUACGCAGCUGAACUGGUAUAGCAUCCUCCUAGGUGCCUCCUCGUUGUCCGUCGUGACCAUAUAUCCCUUUAUGAAACGAGUCACGCACUGGCCGCAGGCUGUCCUUGGUCUUGCGUUCAAUUGGGGAGCGCUUCUCGGUUGGUCGGCCGUGGCCGGUGCAGUGAAUUGGAGCGUAUGCUUACCCCUCUAUGCGGGAGGCGUCGCGUGGACACUCGUCUACGAUAGUAUCUACGCCCACCAGGACAAGUUCGACGACGUGCAUGCUGGGAUCAAAUCUACCGCUCUUCUUUUUGGCGAGCAGACGCGUCCGAUUCUAGCGGGGCUGUCGACGACUUCUAUCUCGCUCAUAUCCUACGCCGGGUACCUCAACGGGCAGUCAGCGCCCUUCUUCCUAGGCGUGGGCAUGGCUGCAGCUCAACUAGCUCGCGUCCUCUUCAAAACGGACUUCAACGAUCGACCGAGCUGCUGGAAAGGCUUCGUCGGCUGCGGAUGGUCCGGGUUCUGGAUUUGGAUGGGGGCGCUUGCGGAUUACGGUUUCUUCCUAAGCGGCAUCUCCUUGUGGUAGUAUGUAUGUCGUCGAUGCGGCAGCUCGUCGUCAAUGCUUUCCCUGUGGUAGUAUAACGUCGAUGCUUUCCUUGCGGUAGUAUAACGCAAUCAAUCGAGUUUC